ACCCGAGGAGGGCUAGCAGCAUCCCCCCCGCCUGCGCCUUCACCCGCCAGCCCCCGGCCAUGCUAACGCCGCCCCGCUAACCUGCGCGCCGGGCCCAGAUAAGCCGCCCUGAGCGGCGGCCGUGGGCAUUAACGCUUGUGGAGCAGCGUCCGCCCCGCCACCGGCCGCGUCUGGCGCCGAGGGGAGAGAAAUCAAGCCUGUUCCUCCAACGCCGGGGUGUGGCCACGGUCAUUUUCCAGCCGUUGUCAGUUUUUCCACGCUAAAAGCAAAGCGCGCCCAGCUCAGCAGGAAGAGCCAGGUGCGUGGUCGCCGUGCCUCCGGCCAGGGCCCUGCCGCUGCCUCGCCGUGCCCGGGAGGGUUAAGCCAAAGCAUGCAAAUCCUCCGAGCCUCGGCCAGCCCGAAGCCAGAGCCUUGGCAGGGAAAGCGCCUCCGAGCAGCAGCACUCUGGCUGUGGUGGGACAGGGAGGGGACCCCGAGUGGGAUGUGGAGAGCCAGCUUCUGGCUCUGCUCGGGGGGGGUUGAGGCAUCGAUUCUCAUUUGGUCAUUAAAUAAAUAUGCAAAGGGGCCUUCGAGAGCUGCAUCGAGGAUGGGGACGCUCAAGGGAGGGUGCGCCUGUGCUCGCUGCUCGCGGGCAGGCGCCCAUCAGCCCCUCCUGUACCCAGCACCUCGUCGGGAUGUGGUCACCGGUGCUUUGCACGAGCAAACUCCUGCCUGGGAGAAGAGGUCCUGCUGCAAGGCGAAGGUGGGGGAAAAGGGUGGGCCGCACUGUCAGGAAAAUCCCAACUUUGUGCUGGCGCUCGCCUCCCGUCUGCCCCCGCACGUGUCCCCUCUGCAGGGUCCAGCUUGCAGAUUCAUCUUCCCUCGGAGAUUAGUGACUAAUCUCUCCUUCAUCUGCCGUCUGUCUUAUCAUCGGGGGGAUCGGGGGCCAGGCUGGUGAAUUACUGCCUCCUCGGGGGGCCAGCCCCGGGAGCAUCAGGGGGGCCUUCGCAGGGAGCCCGCAAAAGGAGGGCACAGCAUGGGGCGAGGGAGCACAGACCGGGCAGGAGAGGGGGGACAUUUUCCAGCCCUGGCUGGUGGUCACAUCCCGCAUCCCCAGGAGUGGACGGGGAGCAUCAUCCUGGGGGCAAGAGCAGGGAAAUCCCCUGGGAAACCCCUCCUGCUCCCUCCGACUAAUUAAUCAUCUCGAGGUAAUUGUGCCUGUCAUCGAGACAGAUUAACAGGCAGCCUUCUGCCACGGGAGCAGGAUCGGCGGCGGCCGCCGAGCUCCCGUCCCUUCCCUCCCAGCCCGGUGGAGGGUCCCAUCCACAAACAGCGAGAAGAUGCUCGUCUGCAACCGGGGCGCAGCGGGAGCCACGAGCCAGGGAAAACGUCCACCUGUCCGGCAGCUGCUCCGUCUGGUCAUGAGCAGGACCCUAAGCCCAGCCCAGGGCUGAGCCCCUGCCCCAGCACCGCCAUGGUGCUCCCCUGCGCCCGCGGCAGCGUCGGUGGCGGCCAGCUGGUGCCUGAGGAGCCCCGCGGCCGCAGCAACUCCAUCCCCCCAGCGCAGACCCCCACCGCCAAGCACUUGCUGGCCUACCUGCCCCGGCCACCCACCGACACCAGCCGGUACGGCACCUUUCCCCAGAAGCCCGACCUCCCGGCCGCCCCUGGGGCCGUGGCAGAGGACAGCCGGCAGCAAGCCGGUGCCGCUGCCGCCAAGAGAAGUGCCCUGAUGCCAAACUACCCAUCCCCGCCCUGCCGCGGCGGCAGCGCCUUUCCUGGCGAGCCGUUCCUGCCGCCGAGCUGCGGCAGCGUGGCCACCCAGCACCAUCCCAGCGAUCCGUCCCGGUGCCCACCAGCUGCCCGCCGGUACCCGCUGCACGUGCUGAGCACGUACAAUGUCCCCACCUCGGCGCGUGGCAAGGCCCCCGCCCGCAGCAGCGCUGUCCCUGCCCCGGAGGGGCUGCAGAGCCGGCGCCGCAAGCUGCGGGAGGAGGACGGGCCGGUGGUCCAGGCCGGCAAGCGGCAGCGGCAGCGCUACGUGACCAAGGUGGGCAAGUGCCAGGUGAACCUGGGCAACAUCCAGGAGAAGAAGCGGUUCCUCUCGGACAUCUUCACCACCAUCGUGGACCUCAAGUACCGCUGGUUCCUCUUCGUCUUCAUGAUGUGUUACCUCGUCACCUGGGUCGUCUUCGGCACCGUCUACUUCUUUGACGCCUGGGCGCGGGGCGACGUCGGGCACCGGGGCGACCCCGAGUGGCGGGCGUGCAUCGAGAACGUGGACGGCUUCGUCUCUGCCUUGCUCUUCUCAGUGGAAAGCCAGCGGACCAUCGGCUACGGCUCCCGGAUGGUGACGGCCAACUGCGCCGAGGGCGUCAUCCUGCUGAUGGCGCAGUCCAUCGUCGGCUCCAUGAUCGAUGCCCUGAUGGUGGGCUGCAUGUUCGUCAAGAUCUCCCGGCCCAAGAAGCGCGCCCAGACCCUCAUCUUCAGCAAGAACUGCGUCAUCUCCCGCCGGGACGAGAAGCUCUGCCUGAUGUUCCGCGUGGGGGACCUGCGGGACAGCCACAUGGUGGACGCCAAGAUCCGGGCCAAGCUGAUCAAGUCCCGGCAGACGGCCGAGGGAGAGUUCAUCCCCCUGGAGCAGUCGGAGCUGAACCUGGGCUAUGACACGGGGGAGGACCGCCUGUUCCUGGUGGAGCCCCAGAUCAUCUGCCAUGUCAUCAACCGCCGCAGCCCCUUCUGGGACAUGUCGGCCGAGUCCCUGCGCCGGGAGCAGUUUGAAAUCAUCAUCAUCCUCGAGGGCAUCGUGGAAGCCACAGGAAUGACGUGCCAAGCCCGCACCUCAUACACGGAGGAUGAGAUCCUCUGGGGGUACCGCUUCGAGCCCUGCAUGUCCCUGGAGAAAGGUGCCUUCCGGGUGGACUACAGCCGCUUUGAGAUGACCUUUGAGGUGCAGACCCCGGCGGUCAGCGCCAAGGAGCUGCAGGAGCUGAAGGAGCUGGAGCAGCAGGAGCGCUCCACCACGCUCAGCCUCUACUGGGACCACCUCCUGCAGCUCCGCGCCCCGCCGGCGACCCGGGGCGGCGAGGAUGCUCUCACCGGGCCGAGCGUCUGCGGCAGCACGGCCAAGGGCAGCCGGGCUGAGCCGCCAGAGCGGGGGGCUGCCGCCUGAGCCACCCACGGGGGGGCCGCAGGACGGGAUGCCCAGCCGUGCCCCCUGCGUGCGGUGGCUGCCUGGCGGAGGGUCCCGUGCCUGCAGUGCCAUAGAGAACCUGCUGCUGCGGGGCCGAGCCCUCCUGCCCCCAGCCCCCGCCCACGGCACGACUUCUGCAGAGCUGCUCUUCUGCAGCGAGGACCACGAGAGCCAAACAGCGGGCCAUUGAAGUCUCCUAAUUAAAAGAACCACACAAAUGAAGCAGCAGCGUUUGGUUUGUUUGGACACCACUUGUUGGGGCCUGCUCAUACCGCAUAAGGGUGGGACUGCUGCUGCACAGCACGGGGAGGGGUGGGCAGGAGCCCAGGCUGGCAGGGAAGCGCUCCUGCCCCCCCCCACCCUCCUUUGCCCCCCAAAAAUAGAGUCACACCUGCGCACAGCACACAUUUUGCCUCACGUCCCCCCCCACUGCACCACUUGUGGCUCCAGGACCCCCCCACAGACCGACAUCGCCCCACAUUCCCCCCCAAACUGCCCCCUGUUACCCCAGGACCACCCCAUCACAAAAAUUCCCACCGGAGGCGAGAGGCUGGGAUGCAGUU